AGGAGGAGGAGAGAGAGAGAGAGAGAGAGAGAGAGGCCGAGGGAAGUGAGGACUCUUUGGAGCGACCUUUCGGAUGCAGUAAGAAAACCGAUAAUGCAGGGAGAAGAAAUCCUCUCAAGACGAUGAUCUUGCUGAAUUCUUGACUUCACUUACAGAUAACAAAGGAAUAAAGAAGAGUCAAGUCUCUGUAUUGGAAUUAAACACCCGUAUCAUUCUUGACAUGGAGGAGAAAGCGUCUAAAUGCCUGGAGUGUGGAAAGAGCUUCACUCGGAGGCAUCGUCUGCAGCAACAUGUAAAGACUCACACUGGGGAGAAACCCUAUUCCUGCCUGGAGUGUGGAAAGAGCUUUACUCAGAGGCAUGAUAUGCAGCAACAUGUAAAGACUCACACUGGGGAGAAACCCUAUUCCUGCCUGGAGUGUGGACAGAGCUUCGCUCAGAGUGCACAUCUACACAGCCAUCAAAGGAUUCACACUGGAGAGAAACCCUAUACGUGCCUGGAAUGUGGACAGACUUUCACUCGUAAUUCCAGUCUACAGAGACAUCAAAUGAAUCACACUGGGAAGAAACCCUAUAAAUGCCUGGAAUGUGGACAUAGCUUCACUCUGAUUUCAAGUCUACAUUCACAUGAAAGGACUCACACUGGGGAGAAACCCUAUAUGUGCCUGGAGUGUGGACAGAGCUUUGCUCAUAGUUCAGGUCUACGUUCACAUCAAAGGAUUCACACUGGGCAGAAACCCUAUAAAUGCCUGGAAUGUGGACAUAGCUUUGCUGAUAGUUCAGGUCUACGUAGUCAUCAAAGGACUCACACUGGGGAGAAACCCUAUAAGUGUCUGGAGUGUGGACAGAGCUUCGCUCAUAAUUCAAGUAUGCAUUCACAUAAAAGGACUCACACUGGGGAGAAACACUAUAAAUGCCUGGAAUGUGGACAGACUUUCACUCGUAAUAUUAGUCUACACAGACAUCAAAGGACCCACACCGGGGAGAAACCCUAUACGUGCCUGGAGUGUGGACAGAGCUUUGCUCAUCGUUCAUAUCUACAUUCACAUGAAAGGACUCACACUGGGGAGAAACCCUAUAAAUGCCUGGAAUGUGGACAGAGCUUUGCUUGUCGUUCAUAUCUACAUUCACAUGAAAGGACUCACACUGGGCAGAAACCCUAUAAAUGCCUGGAGUGUGGACAGAGCUUUGCUCAUAAUUCAAGUCUACGUUCACAUGAAAGGACUCACACUGGGCAGAAACCCUAUAAAUGCCUGGAGUGUGGACAGAGCUUUGCUCAUAAUUCAAGUCUACGUUCACAUGAAAGGAUUCACAUUGGGCAGAAACCCUAUAAAUGCCUGGAAUGUGGACAGUGUUUCACUCAAAAUUCGAGUCUACAUAAACAUCAAAGGACUCACAUGAGGGAAGAAACCCUAUAAAUGCCUGGAAUGUGGACAGAGUUUCACUCAAAAUUCGAGUUUACAUAAACAUCAAAGGACUCUCAUGAGGGAAGAAACCCUAUACAUGCCUUGACCCACACUGGGGGAAAAACCUUAUGAAUGCUUGGAGUGUGGCCUGAACUUCACUCUGAGUAGACCACUACGUUCACAUGAAAGCACUCACCCUGGGGAGCAACCCUAUAAAUGCCUGGAGUGUGGACAGAGCUCCACUCGUAGUUCACCUCUACAUAAACAUCAAAGAACUCACCCUGGGGAGAAACCAGCUAGAGACAUAGCAUAAAGUCAUAGAAUCAUAGAAUAAUAGAGUUGGAAGAGAUCCAAGAGAUCCAAUCCUGCUUUGAUUUUAUAAGCUUCAUGUGAUUUUAUGGUUAUUACUGAUGUUCAAUACAGUUUUAAUAUCUGUAUAUUUUAAGUUGUAUCGCAACACUGUUAAUUUGUGAGCCGCUUUGAGUGUCCGAAUGGAGAGAAAAAGCGGGAUAUAAAUAAAUAUCAUAAUGAGAACCCCCCGCCAUGCAGGAAAAGCACAAUCCAAGUAUCCCUGAGAGAUGGCACGUGGAAAGAGCGUCCCUGAGAGUUGACGUCUCCAUAGACAUAGACUUCCCAUUGGAGGGAACUGUGGUCAUUGAACCCAGAGAGACUCUAAGGCAGAGCUUUCCAAACCUUUCAUGUUGGUGUCACGUUUUAGACACGCAUCCUUUCGUGACACUGUAAUUCAGUUUAAGUAGCCAGACAGAGGUUAAACCAACUCCAUAUAAGAUUUUCAAUACAUAUAAUAAUAUAUGCAGGUAGGUUUCGUAUAAUCUUUCUGUAUAAAUAAUCAUUGUGUCGUUUCCUCUGUAGCUGCUCCGUGUAUUUCACCGCAAACAUUGUUACUAAUACAUUUUAUUUCCUUACUUUUAUCAACUUAUUCAUUUUAGUGGUAAGUACUGCAGUUAAAUCAAUAAAUUGGGCAGAUAAACAUGUCAUGACAGUACUUAGACUUGAACACCCCCGCACUCCACUUCUGUCGUGAUUACCUGAGGGGAGGAGAAUGACCAGGGACACAAUCAGCCCGGUGGGAAGUUCUCAGAAUUAGACCCAGGUCUGUUUGUUCAUUGGUUAGUGUACUUUGUGUGUCCGUACAGGAGUGUUUGAGUGGUGUGUGAUUUAUUUUUGUAGUUGUGGCAGCCCCUCAAUGAACUGUAUAGUUUUAGCGUUAUGUGUUGUAAACUUAUUAUGUUUCUCUUUUUCUUAAUGAAAGGCAUGUUUACGAAAAGGGGAUUCGGAAGGGCGAAACCUCCCACUGGAAAGGCAGAUGGAGCUGGGGGUCAAGGCAUCCUCUGAGGCCCUUUUCAGUACCAUUUUUCCUCCUAUUAUGUUAGUCGCAUUGCUCUGGGUUUGAGUUUUAUGCUUCAGUUCUUAAGUAUAUAUUGUCUUUAGAUAUAUUGCCAUGUGAUGUUUUAUUUUUAUUGAUGUAUGUAUUUUCUAUGUGGCAUCGAAUUGUGCUGAUUGUUUGCUGCCCUGAGUCACCUUUGGGUUGAUAUGGGCGGGGCAAAAAUGAUAUAGAUAAAGAAAUAAAUAAAAGAGUCAAAACCUGACUCAGGGAGCAGGCUUUUGGAAACUAGAACAAUGCAGUAAUCUGAAUUGGAAACUUUGACCUCGGAAUGGACUCAGACCAUGAAUUUUGGAUGGAAUGUUUUUACCUUCAAAUCUGAACUGUCUAAUAUGUUGCCAUUUGUAAAUGUUUAGGUAAUUGUGGUUAAAACACAAGGUGUGUGCCCAGUAAGCCGCCUUGAGUCCCCUGUAUGGGGAAGAGAAGGGUCAGGGCACACGUAUGACAAAUAAAUCAAUCAGUACGACAUGCCUGGAGUGUGGGCAGAGCUUCACUGAGAAGGGAAACCUGCAUUCACAUCAGAGACUCACACUGGGGAGAAACUCUUCACAUGACCGGAGUGUCAAAAGACCUUCACUUGUAGUUCAGAUCUACAUACGUGUGUAAAGACUCGCACUGGAGAGAAACUCUUCACAUGACCGGAGUGUCAAAAGACCCUUCACUUGUAGUUCAGAUCUACAUACGUGUGUAAAGACUCGCACUGUGGAGAAGCAGUAUUCGUGCCCGGGAUGUGGACAGAGCUUCACUCGUGGUUCAACUCUGCAUAAACAUCAAAGGACUCACCCUGGGGAGAAGCCAUGUAGAGAGACGUAGCACAAAGUCACAGAAUUAUGGAACAAUAGAGUUGGAAGAGAUGCCGUGGGACAGCUAAUGCAGUCUUGCUAUGAUUCUACAAGCUUCCUAUGGUUUUGUGGAUUUAACCAAAAAUGCUAAUGAUGUCCAAUACUUUUUAAAUAUUUGUAUGUUUUAAGUUGUA